CAAGAGGAGUACAAGGCGAAGUACGCCAUCCACGAAGCCUGCCGCGAAGGCCAAACAUCAAAAGUCGAAUCCCUGCUCUCCGCAAACCCCAAGCUCGCCACCCUCCGCGACCCCGAUGAGCGCCUGCCGCUCCACUGGGCCGUGUGCAACAACCACCUGCCCAUCGUGCAGGUGCUAGUCCAGACCAAGAACUUCGACGUCGACGCCACCGACGGCUCGGGCUGGACGGCGCUGCACAUGGCGUGCUCGCGCCGAGACGCAGAGCAGGUCGCAGAUUUGCUGCUCUCUAAGGACGCAGACGUCAACGCGAAGACACACACUGGCCAAGCGCCCCUGCACUUCUGCGCGUCCAAGAAUAACCUCGACAUAGCCCGGACCCUGAUGGCGCAGAAACCGCCCGCCAGCGCGCGCGUCAAGGACAAGCGAGGCCAACUGCCGCUUCACCGCGCCGCGGCGGCGGGAAACGUGCCGAUGAUGAAGGCGCUGCUGGAUACGGGGAAGAGCCCGCUGAAUGCGACGGAUGUCGAUGGGCAGACGGCGCUGCACCAUGCGGUCAGCGAGGGGCACGGGGAUGCGGCGAUGCUUUUGCUGCAGCGGGGUGCGGAGUGGGAUAGGAAGGACAGCUGGGAGAAGGUUGCGCUUGAUUAUGCGCCGGAUGCGAAGACGAGGGGGUUCAUUUUACAAAGCGCGGAGAGGGAGGGCAUCGAUUUG